AUGGAAUCAGGGAGAAGGGGAUGGAAUCUGGGAGAAGGGGAUGGAAUCUGGGAGAAGGGGAUGGAAUCGGGGAGAAGGGGAUGGAAUCAAGGAGAAGGGGAUGGAAAUUGGGAGAAGGGGAUGGAAUCAGGAGAAGGGGAUGGAAUCUGGGAGAAGGGGAUGGAAUUUAGGAGAAGGAGAUGGAAUCUGGGAGAAGGGAAUGGAAUCUGGGAGAAGGGGAUGGAAUCUGGGAGAAGGGGAUGGAAUCGGGGAGAAGGGGAUGGAAUCAGGGAGAAGGGGAUGGAAUUUGGGAGAAGGGGAUGGAAUCUGGAGAAGAGGAUGGAAUCUGGGAGAAGGGAAUGGAAUUUGGGAGAAGGAGAUGGAAUCUGGGAGAAGGGAAUGGAAUCUGGGAGAAGGGCAUGGAAUGUGGGAGAAGGGGAUGGAAUCAGGGAGAAGGGGAUGGAAUCUGGGAGAAGGGGACGGAAUCUGGGAGAAGGGGAUGGAAUCUGGGAGAAGGGGAUGGAAUCUGGGAGAAGGGGAUGGAAUAUGGGAGAAGGGGAUAGAAUCAGGGAGAAGGGGAUGGAAUCUGGGAGAAGGGGAUGGAAUGAGACAGAAGGGGAUGGAAUCGGGGAGAAGGGGAUGGAAUCUGGGAGAAGGGGAUGGAAUUUAGGAGAAGGGGAUGGAAUCUGGGAGAAGGGGAUGCAAUCAGGGAGAAGGGGAUGGAAUCGGGGAGUAGGGGAUGGAAUCAAGGAGAAGGGGAUGGAAUUUGGGAGAAGGGGAUGGAAUCUGGGAGAAGGGGAUGGAAUCUGGGAGAAGGGGAUGGAAUCAGGGAGAAGGGGAUGGAAUCUGGGAGAAGGGGAUGGAAUCUGGGAGAAGGGGAUGGAAUCUGGGAGAAGAAGAUGGAAUCUGGGAGAAGGGGAUGGAAUCUGGGAGAAGGGGAUGGAAUCUGGGAGAAGGGGAUGGAAUCUGGGAGAAGGGGAUAGAAUCAGGGAGAAGGGGAUGGAAUCUGGGAGAAGGGGAUGGAAUGAGAGAGAAGGAGAUGGAAUCGGGGAGAAGGGGAUGGAAUCUGGGAGAAGGGGAUGGAAUUUAGGAGAAGGGGAUGGAAUCUGGGAGAAGGGGAUGCAAUCAGGGAGAAGGGGAUGGAAUCGGGGAGAAGGGGAUGGAAUCAAGGAGAAGGGGAUGGAAUUUGGGAGAAGGGGAUGGAAUCAGGAGAAGGGGAUGGAAUCUGGGAGAAGGGGAUGGAAUCUGGGAGAAGGAGAUGGAAUCUGGGAGAAGGGAAUGGAAUCUGGGAGAAGGGGAUGGAAUUUGGGAGAAGGGGAUGGAAUCGUGGAGAAGGGGAUGGAAUCAGGGAGAAGGGGAUGGAAUUUGGGAGAAGGGGAUGGAAUUUGGGAGAAGGGGAUGGAAUCUGGGAGAAGGGGAUGGAAUCCGGGAGAAGGGGAUGGAAUCUGGGAGAAGGGGAUGGAAUCUGGGAGAAGGGGAUGGAAUCUGGGAGAAGGGGAUGGAAUCUGGGAGAAGGGGAUGGAAUCUGGGAGAAGGGGAUGGAAUCUGGGAGAAGGGGAUGGAAUCUGGGAGAAAGGGAUGGAAUCUGGGAGAAGGGGAUGGAAUCUGGGAGAAGGAGAAGGGGAUGGAAUCUGGGAGAAGGGGAUGGAAUCUGGGAGAAGGGGAUGGAAUCUGGGAGAAGGGGAUGGAAUCAGGGAGAAGGGGAUGGAAUCUGGGAGAAGGGGAUGGAAUCUGGGAGAAGGGGAUGGAAUGUGGGAGAAGGGGAUGGAAUCUGGGAGAAGGGGAUGGAAUCUGGGAGAAGGGGAUAGAAUCAGGGAGAAGGGGAUGGAAUCUGGGAAAAGGGGAUGGAAUGAGAGAGAAGGAGAUGGAAUCGGGGAGAAGGGGAUGGAAUCUGGGAGAAGGGGAUGGAAUUUAGGAGAAGGGGAUGGAAUCUGGGAGAAGGGGAUGCAAUCAGGGAGAAGGGGAUGGAAUCGGGGAGAAGGGGAUGGAAUCAAGGAGAAGGGGAUGGAAUUUGGGAGAAGGGGAUGGAAUCAGGAGAAGGGGAUGGAAUCUGGGAGAAGGGGAUGGAAUUUGGGAGAAAGAGAUGGAAUCUGGGAGAAGGGAAUGGAAUCUGGGAGAAGGGGAUGGAAUCUGGGAGAAGGGGAUAGAAUCGGGGAGAAGGGGAUGGAAUCAGGGAGAAGGGGAUGGAAUUUGGGAGAAGGGGAUGGAAUCUGGAGAAGGGGAUGGAAUCUGGGAGAAGGGGAUGGAAUUUGGGAGAAGGAGAUGGAAUAUGGGAGAAGGGAAUGGAAUCUGGGAGAAGGGCAUGGAAUGUGGGAGAAGGGGAUGGAAUCUGGGAGAAGGGGAUGGAAUCUGGGAGAAGGGGACGGAAUCUGGGAGAAGGGGAUGGAAUCUGGGAGAAGGGGAUGGAAUCUGGGAGAAGGGGAUGGAAUCUGGGAGAAGGGGAUAGAAUCAGGGAGAAGGGGAUGGAAUCUGGGAGAAGGGGAUGGAAUGAGAGAGAAGGGGAUGGAAUCGGGGAGAAGGGGAUGGAAUCUGGGAGAAGGGGAUGGAAUCAGGGAGAAGGGGAUGGAAUCUGGGAGAAGGGGACGGAAUCUGGGAGAAGGGGAUGGAAUCUAG